AUGGUGAAAAGUGUCAUUAUCCUUGCUGGGCUGUUGUUCUCGGCAGUCGUGGCAGUCCCUUCUCUGCCCAAGCGUGAAGAGGGCACUCUUGCACCGCUCUUUACUCCUCCAAACGCAGAAGUAGUCCCCGACCAAUAUAUUGUGGUAUUCAAAGACCAAACGCCUAAAGAAAAAAUCACCUGUCACCAUAAUGUUGUCCGAGAUAUGGUCACAGAAGAGAGAAAGGAAAAGCGAGGGUUUAUGGCUAAACUUAUAUCUGGAAUAAGAUAUACUUAUGACAUUAAGGAUUUCAAAGGCUACUCUGGUAGAUUCUCAGAUGACGUGCUAAACAAGAUCAGAGAGAGUGACGAAGUCGCUUACGUAGAGAGAGAUCAAGUCGUCUAUUCCGAAGAAGUCCAACUCAACGCUCCUUGGGGACUCGCGCGUAUAUCUCAUCGUAAUGCCUUAACGUUUGGUACUUUCAACAAGUAUCUAUACGACUCGACUGCUGGCGAAGGUGUUACUGUUUACAUAGUCGAUACCGGCGUCAACAUAAACCACACUGACUUUGGUGGUCGUGCCAAAUGGGGUACUACUGUGCCAGAUGGUGAUGAAGAUGUCGAUGGCAACGGACACGGAACCCAUGUUGCUGGCACCGUUGCUGGAACGCGAUAUGGUGUUGCCAAGAAGGCUAACAUUGUUGCCAUCAAAGUUUUGAGAUCAAACGGUUCGGGAACUAUGAGUGAUGUAAUCAAGGGGGUAGAAAUGGUUGCUGAAUACCAUGAAAAUGAAUCUGACAACGCUAGAAAAAGUGGAAAACCAUUCAGGGGUUCAGUCGCUAACAUGAGUUUGGGAGGAGGCAGAAGCAAGUCUUUGGACGCUGCCGUCAAUGGGGCCGUUGACGUUGGAGUUAACUUUGUCGUAGCCGCAGGCAAUGAUAACCGUGAUGCAUGUGACUCAUCACCAGCAGCCGCUGAAAACGCAAUCACAGUUGGCGCUUCCACUAUCGAAGAUGAACGUGCUUGGUUCUCCAAUUACGGUAGAUGCGUCGACGUUUUCGCUCCAGGAAAGGACAUCUUGUCGGCCUGGAUUGGCUCAAAUACCGCUACAAACACAAUCUCUGGUACUUCAAUGGCAUCUCCCCAUGUGGCCGGUCUUGCAGCAUAUUUGCUUGGCUUGAAACCAGAAUUCACCUCGGACUUUGUCACUUCUCCACCAAGUCCAAAGCAAGUUACCGACUGGAUUGUCAAGCACGCUACUCCAGGACGUCUCGAAAAAAUUCCUUCAAACACACCCAACCUUUUGGUUUUCAACGAGUUUGAUGCUCAAGCGUGA